AUGCGCUAUAUCACGAAAUGCAGACCAAAUUUACCACAAAUUGUUGUUAUCGGCGGUCAGUCGUCGGGAAAGUCCAGUGUUUUGGAGAGUAUUGUUGGCCGCGAUUUCCUGCCCCGCGGGUCGGGUAUUGUCACCCGAAGACCACUCGUUCUGCAAUUAAUAUCCGAUAAAAAUAACACAAAACCGUUUGGAGAAUUCCUUCAUUCGCCGGGAAAACGGUUUUAUAAUUUCCAUGAAAUACGCGAUGAAAUCACCGCUGAAACCAAAAGAGAGGUUAAGGAAAGCACAGGAGUGUCAUCGAAACCAAUCAAUCUUAAGAUCUAUUCGCCGGAUGUCUUGGAUCUAACUCUCGUAGAUCUGCCGGGAAUGACAAGAGUGGCUGUUGGGGAUCAGCCCAACGAUAUCGAGAAAUUGAUUGAAAAUAUGAUUUUAAAUUAUAUUAAAAAAGAUAAUUGUUUGAUACUAGCUGUAACUGCAGCCAACCAAGAUUUGGCCACAUCUGAUGCUCUGAAACUUGCCAAACGAGUUGAUCCCAAAGGUGAUCGCACCAUCGCUGUGUUGACCCAAUUGGACAUAAUGAACCCUGGUACUAAUGCCAGGGAUAUACUAAAUGGGAAACAUAAACUCCAAUUUAAGCGCGAUUUCAUUGGUGUCGUUAAUCGAUCCCAAAAAGACAUCGACGAGAAGAAAGACAUUAAGAAAGCGUUGGCCGACGAAAGC